CACCAUGUGUGUUGUUAUAUUACAAGAUUCAAGUUACUAACGAAAACGGUCGCUUUGUAUAAUGAUAUAAAGGAAAAAUUAAAAAUAAACAAACAUAAGGGUUUACUUGACACAUUUUUUAUUUAGUGAAGCUAUAAUAAUUGUGAAUUAUCAUAAUUGUAACGUUUAUUCAACGUUUAUGCUAUGUUGACUGCUUCCUGUAUUUUAUGCUAAGCAAUUAUCAUUGACUACAAAAUGAAUAAACCGUGGUCCAUUCGUGCUUCUACAAUGUCGAGAAAUACGCAAAAUUUAAUCAGGAACAUUGUGGAAAAGAUUCAAGUGAAACCUAAUCCUAAUAAAAACUUUAUACCACUUUCUAUUGGCGAUCCAACUGCUUUUGGAAAUCUUACACCGCCAGAGGAGUUGCUACAAGCAGUCCGAAACAGCUUAGAUGAGAAUGAAAGCAGAUGCUAUGGUCUUACUAACGGUGCUUUGGUUGCAAGACAAGCCGUGGCGGAGUAUUACGCGCACCAAGGACAGGUCUCAGCAGACGAUGUUAUCCUGUGUAAUGGAUGCGCACAAGCAUUAGACUUGGCUAUAACAGUUCUUGCUGAACCUGGUCAGAAUAUACUGGUACCGAGACCUGGCUACAUGUUAUACCGUACUAUAGCUGAAGGACUGGGUAUAGUUAUCAAGCACUAUAAUUUAUUGCCUGAGAAAAAUUGGGAAGUUGAUUUAAAGAAUUUGGAAGACCAAAUUGAUGAUAAAACCGCCGCAUUAAUUGUCUUAAACCCUUCGAAUCCUUGUGGUUCUGUAUAUACAAAGGAACAUUUGAGAGACAUACUGCGAAUAUCAGCCAAACAUCGUUUACCUAUAAUAGCUGAUGAAAUAUAUGAGAAAUUCGUUAUAUUUGAUAACAAAUUUACUUCGUUAGCGAGUAUAUCUAAGGAUGUGCCAAUACUUGUCUGCAGUGGUCUUACCAAAGGAUUCUUAGUUCCUGGAUGGCGAAUGGGUUGGUUAGUUAUUCAUGACAGGCAAGAUAUAUUUAGUAAAGAUAUCCGUGAUGGGUUAAGAAAUUUAACGGGAAGACUACUAGGACCUAAUAAAUUAAUCCAAAUGGCUUUGUCAAAAACAUUAACAACUGUACCACAAAGCUUUUUUGAUAGUGUAAUGUCAUUUAUAGAGAGUCAAGCUAAAUUGGCAUAUAAAGAGUUAAGCCACGCGCCUGGACUGCGACCAAUUUUACCACAAGGAGCAAUGUACAUGAUGAUAGAAAUAAAAAUGUCAAUGUUUCCAGUGUUUAGAGAUGAACUGGAGUUUAUUGAGCGCAUGUAUAGUGAACAGUCCAUACUGUGUAUACCAGGCCAAUGUUUCGACUUUCCUAAUUUCAUGAGAAUAGUACUCACUGUGCCUGAACAUAUACUACGCGAGGCCUGCGCGAGGAUACAACAAUUCUGUCGCGAUCACAUCAUGCAGGAAAACAAUAUUAAUUAAUUAUACAUUCAGGAAAUUUAAUUAAUUAUAAGUAGUACACAAAAUAUAGGUCAGCAUUCGCCAACGCGACGCAGACGUAAUCAGAUCGGUUGGGUAUGACAAGAGACAUGAUGUGUAGUAUCAUCUAGGACAUUGUAACCACUGUGUGAAAUUUUCGGUAUUUUUUAAGGUUAAAAUACUCAAUAAAUUAAAGGCCGCUGUAAAAACGGGCAAUUCAAAAUGUAUCAUUUCUCGCCGUUUUUUUUUUCUAGAGAAAAUACUCCUUUUUGCUGGUGGAAUACUCCUUUAUAGGAUGCCAACGACUUUUGUUUUAACCAGUAUAUUAUGUGACUAUAUUUGUCUACAUUGUAACUCAACAUUACAAUGGGUUAACCUAAAUGCGAAGUUGACAGGUUAAAAUAUGGUUAACAUUAUUUACACUGAAGAAGAUGUAAGACAGCCUUUUUACUUCA